UUUUCUUGUUAUUAUUGAGAUCGGCUCUCAAGUUCUGUUGUUGUCGCGCGGCGCGCCGCUCGCGGUGAUAACGCGAUGCAAUGCCGGCCUGCGCACGCGCAUAGCUUUAAGCUCGCUCGCUCCGACAAUCUGCACCCCCGUAAUGGAAUGGAUACUAUCGAGUGCUACUGACUCCUAUGGAUAUUGUGAUUAAAAACGUAGUGAUAACGAAUGUGAAACUAUUGUGCUAUUAAUAAGCGCGAUUGCGACGGAUUUUAUUAAACUUUUUGAAUCAUUCUGUUGGAAAAGUGCUUUUUGAUACCGAUUUAAAAUCGGAUUCGUUGAGACAUCUUUGAUAAUUUUUUUCUGUACAAAAGAGUACGAAAACCGCCGCCAAACUGUCUACCGCAAAUGAGAUUAUACCGAGCUACCACGUCGAAGCGCUAAUAGGUCGGUGGCGCACGAGCCCGAUGAGCGCGUGCGCUGCGGCCGCCAUGCGCGAAAAGCACGCGGCGCCGCGCCGCCUCGCCUCCCCGCCCUCCUCUCCGCUCGAGCACCACGCCAGCCCCCUCGGCUCACCUCGUGCCGACGAACCCUUGGACCUCAGAGUCACACACAAACGCCCCCAGCGGCUAGAAGAUGAAAACUGCAACUUGAUCACUCCUUCUCCACCACCGCACCCUACGCACCCUGCGCAUCCCGCGCACCCUGCGCUGUUACAAUUCUGCAGGCGAUUACCUCUAGCUUUACCAGCCUCGUUUGGACGAUACCCGUUCUUGCCUGCAGCGGCCGCGACCCUGCUCGCUCCGGGCGCACCUAGACCUCCACCGGUCCCUCCUAAUCCAGGAGUUAACAGAGCGCGUGAUCGCUACACGUGCUCUUAUUGUGGGAAAGCUUUCCCUCGUAGUGCGAAUUUAACUCGACAUUUAAGGACGCAUACCGGUGAACAGCCUUACCGGUGCAAGUACUGUGAACGCUCCUUUUCAAUAUCAUCAAAUUUACAACGCCACGUGAGAAAUAUUCACAACAAAGAGAGACCGUUCCGCUGCCGUCAUUGUGAUCGCUGUUUCGGACAGCAGACGAAUUUAGACAGGCAUUUGAAGAAACAUGAAGCGGAAAAUGGAGACGAUAGUCGCAGGAGAUCCCCUGAAGAGACUUAUUUCGAAGAGAUUAGAUCGUUUAUGGGCCGUGUUGCGCCCGCCCGACGCACUGCGGCUGCUGCCGCGGCGAGCGCCCCGGAUCAUACCUGAUAGUGGCCCUUUAAACUUAAUCAACGCUAUAUCUGGUCGGUGUAUCCAAAUGACUUUGUAUUACACAAAUUCGCCCUCAGCCUUUGGCACUGUGAGUUUUUGUGAUUGAUUAGUAUUAGCGCCAAUGGUCCCAUCUUUAUUUCCUCUUACCUAUUUCCAUAUUCUGUUUUUCAUACUUUUUCCAAUAUUUGUGUCAUGUUGAAAAGUAACAGUUCUUAUUUUACGAUGUAGAUAUAAGAGAAUAAAAAUAUUCCUAAUUGUUACCGCUACCAUUUCUGUACCUACUGGCGCAGACAAGAGAGACAUGGAAUUAUACACGUUCCACGUUAGGUUAUUAGUUCGUGUUAAGGCAAGAAGUGAUAUCAUAUCGUAUCUAAAACUGUAUGUACUUACUGUAAAUAUAAACGAUUGAGUUAAGUUUUAAAUAGUUUAGAUAGGCAUGUAUUAAAUUUUCACACAUGUGAAAUUUUCUUCCUUAAAAAGAAUGUUAUAAGUGUUCAGAGAGUGUUCGCUACGUUAGGAAUAAAUAGUAAAUAGGAAUAGGUAUUACAUGAAUGUAAGUAGUCUCCUUUGUAUUAUUUGUGUAAAUUUUGCUUGUAUGAUGUUUUAUAUUAUAUUAGUAAUUUAGUCUGAGAGAAAACGCCGGUUACCAAUAAACAUUAUAACUUGUUGCUUAUUGAAGAUAUUAUAAAUAUUUUUAUUGAGUGUUAGAAAAGUUGUUUGAAAAUGUUCUGAUCAGUGGAUUUUAUCUAUAUGUUGGACAAAUUAUUUAAUAUCUGGGUUAAACAACGGCUGUAUGUGCUUAAUAUUCAGUUUGUGGUUUCCUACUUUGUUAAGUUUAAAAGAUUAUGCAAAAUGAUAUCUAAAUAUUUAUCGAAUUUGAAGUUUGCAUUUUACACUUUUUAUAAAAUUUUAUUAAAUAUAUUGAUAAACGUUUUGUAUCCAAAAUUUUUAACUAAAUUAAGAAAUACAAAUCUGUGAUUUUAUUUAUUUAAUCGUGUUUUGGCUCCGUACAUUAAAUUUUAUAUAUCUUUAUUAACAGAUUUAAGACGAAGUCUCUCAAAGAACUAAUUUAAACGUUCCUUUAAGUAUAGAUAGAUCUCUAUUAAAUGUUACGAGUAUGGAAAUUCUAUAUUGUUUUUUUUUUUAUUUAAAGAUACUUGUAAAACUCCAGACAUUAUGCACGGUUUCGACUAUAGUCAAAACUGUGUUUGUAUUCAUCAGAUAUUGUUUUUUUCCUCUUGCUACAAGUACAAAUGCCACUGAAUUAAUAUUCUAUCCUUUAAAUAAUUCAUAUUUUAUGUUAUAUCAAACGUUACCUUGUAAAAAUAGAAUAUGUAUGCAGUGCCUUACUAUGUUAAAUACUCGUACCAAAUUUAAUUUUGAAGUUUUAUGAGAUGCUAUUUAACUUAUCAAUAGUUGUGUAAGAAAUAGAGAUUAUCGCCUUUGUCAUAUUGUAUUUUUCAUACCUAUUAGUCGUUCAAAGGUCAUCGAUUACCUUGUCAAAAUGAAAUAAAUAAUAUUAAAUUUU